AUGCCGAUCCCGGGGGUCUACCAGAAGGUGGCAGAGGGGCAGCAGUCUCAGAGGAAGAUCGGAACCGUAGAAAACCCCAAAAAGUUCAAAGGACAAGACUUCAAUAGCCUGCGGGAGAUGUGUCUGAACCGGAGGCAGCUGUUCGAGGACGAUGUGUUCCCCGCCAGCCUCUAUUCCAUUGGACAAGAUCAGCUGUCCCAGGACAAACUACUCAGCAUUAAAUGGAAACGACCAAGCGAGAUAAACAAGGAUCCUCGUUUUCUGGUUGAUGGAGCGAGCAUUUUUGACCUCAUGCAAGGAGAAAUAGGUGACUGCUGGGUUCUUGCCGUUGUUGGAGCUUUAACUUUGCACCGGAGGUUUCUAGAAAAUGUAAUUCCCAAAGACCAGGAGUUCACACACAAAUAUGCCGGAAUCUUUCACUUUAGGUUCUGGCAGUACGGAGAAUGGGUGGACGUGGUGGUCGAUGAUCGCCUACCUUUACUUCACGGAAAAUACUUGUCUGUCCAGCCAAGAAGCAGCAACGAAUUUUGGCCGUCCCUGCUAGAGAAAGCCUAUGCCAAGUUACGUGGAUCUUACCAGAACCUGCACUGGGGGUUCAUCUCGGAGGCCCUGGUGGAUUUCACCGGAGGGGUGCAGAUUGAUUUUGACUUGUCCAAACCUCCUCCGGACCUUCGCGAUAUUGUCCUAGCAGCGGCAAGAUCUGGAUCCCUCAUGGGAUGUACAACUCCAGGGAAUCUUCAUACUGGAAAUAUGGAACUGCAGAAUGGACUUGUACAAGGCCACGCCUACACAGUCACGGAGGGUUUACAGAUUGAAUAUAACAACAGAUUAGAGGACAUUGUCCGAGUGUGGAAUCCUUGGGGUGCGGGCGAAUGGAACGGACGCUGGAGUGAUCGUUCCCCGCAGUGGGAUAGAGUCCAACCGGAAAUGAGGAAACGGCUGAACGUUCAAUCUAACGAUGGGGAAUUCUGGAUGUCCUGCCCGGAUUUCAUGCAGAACUUCAGGCAAGUGAACAUCUGUAACCUCACCCCGACCUACUUAGAUUUCGAGAGCCCCCAGCGCGUCUGGGAGUCCACCAGUUACUACAAUCAGUGGGUGAGGGGAAGCACCGCGGGAGGCUGCAACACGGCAGAAGACAUGUGGAAGAAUCCGCAGUAUGUGAUCACAGUUCCAGAGACACAGAGGAAAGGAUACAAUGUCACUGUGGCUCUUAUGCAGAGUCUUAGCAACGAGAGGAAGUACAACCCUCACUGGUUACCCAUCGGAUUCGCCUUUUGCAAGGUUUGGCAAACCAGUACGGGAACAAAGAACGGGUCGCAAACAAAAUUUUCCCGCCAACAAGCCACAGAAAUAAUAAACACCAAUCUGGAACGAGGACGAGAAGUCACCAAGUCGUUCGUGGCUCCACCCGGAACAUACGUCAUCUUACCCUUCACAGAGAACAAGGGGCAGGAGUCGGAGUUUCUCCUCAGGAUCUUCAUGAAGACGUCUCAGAUUGCUGAAAAUCAAGGACCUCAAACCGUGCAACGGGAGGAUAACCAAGAGCAAUACCCUGUUAAUUCCACAACACAAACUGAAAACAACUACCCGCCCAGCACCAACUGCAUGUCCGGGCGUCAGAAGAUAGGGAUACCACACCCCUGCCGCACCUCUGCUCACCUCGAUGGCCUUGUGAGAAAUCCGGCCCGGGUAGCAUCACAUGUGGACUUUACCAAGGGUACAGUAUCUCACAGAAGUGGCGGGGACACAGACCGCUGCAUUCCUCCGCUGCUGUACCGGCUGGUUGCUCCUCAUCUUCCGGUCCGUCCGCACAUCCUCUUCUGCCGGUCCGUCCACUCCUCUUCUGCCGGUCCGUCCGCUCCUCUUCUCCUGGUUCGUCCGCUCCCACCAGCCCAUGUGGCAUUCAUCUUCCGACCACGUACGAUUUUUCGGCAGGUUUUCAAGUGUGCUCAUAUCAAGGCCCUCAAACUGCGUCACAGGAGGAAAGCCAAGCGCUAUAUCCCAACAAUUCCUCAACUCCGUAAGUGUACAGCUGCCAUGCUCUGCCAGUUCUGUAAUGACAGAUACCAGAGCGUGAAAGUAACGCAAAGAGUUGUGGAUGAUGCUCUCUAUGACAACAACGCAUUGGCAAGUUUAAAAAAAUACAAAGAUGAGAGCUACGAGAGUGUUUUCUCCCGCUACGCCAACCAGAGCUCCGAAAUGUAUGCAGAACAGCUACAGAAGCUACUAAAUGACGUGGUGAUUACAGACCCGACCUUCAACGCCAACCGCGCAGCGUUUAGCUUGGAUUCCUGCCGAGGGAUUUUGAUGCUGAUGGACCUAAAUGCAAAUGGGAAACUUAGUCUUCAGGAAUUCGCCCGUCUCUGGAAGAGGCUGAACAUGUGUAAGGACACCAGUGCUGCCGAUAUUGCGCUCGAGCAUUUGUCCAUUGACGUGAACCAAACUGGAUAUAUCGAUGGAUAUGGGGUUAAUCGAUCUGUUCAAGACCUUGGUCUCCCGGUCACUGAUGCCGUCAUGAACAUCAUGCUUUUGAGAUAUGGAAACUACUCCAAAAAGUUGACUUUUGCAGACUUUGUGUCCUGCAUGAUCCGCCUGGAAACUGUGACAAAGGUGUUUCAGAAUCUAACUAAAGACGGAGGAGGCAUCUACCUGACCGCAGAAGAGAGGACGCGGCACACAGCUCGCUAUGACUCAGGGAGCGAAGAGAACAUUGUGUAUUUCACUCGUGAGGGCGUGAUUCACAGCUCUGCGAUUUACGCACCGCGUACAGUGUGCAAUGUCAGCUCUUCCAUUGGGUUACCUCAUCUGCUUCGAAUCGGGAUCUAG